AUGUCCUAUAACCCACGAAUGUCCAUCAUGCCGCCGGCGCAGCAACAGUCGCGGUCGCGCAAGAAGGAGGAGGAAGCGGCCUACGCGAACAUGCGACUCCCUGAUCGCGAAAUUGUCGGCUGCAUCAACGAACUCGGCAUCCCGUUCACCCUCGCCGACCUCCAGAAGCCGAAUCCAAUACAAGUGCAGAUGAUUUUCGAGUGGUUCGGCGAGCUACUUAUGAACAAAACACGACAGACGGUAGAUCCUGCUAUGCGCGCAGCAGCCGAAGACCUCUGUGGUGACUUCGGUGACUCGCUGAUGCCGCCCGAUACGCGCAAUCUGAUGGGAUUCUUUGUGGCUCUGCGCCGCCUAAUGCUGGACUGCGGCGUCAACGACUUCAAUUUCCUAGAUCUGUACAAGCCGACCCAUGACCGCCUUGUCAAGAUCUUUAGUUAUGUGAUCAACUUCGUGCGCUUCCGCGAGAGUCAAACGAGCGUCAUCGACGAGCAUUGCAACCGCGCCGAGAACGCCAAAGCGCGUAUUGAGCAGUUGUAUGCCGAGAAUCAAAGCAUGGAAGCGCAGUUGGAUGAGAUGCGCGCCAAUCGAAGGCAGAUGGAGGCUCUGGUGGCGGAAAAGACGCGACGCAACGAGGACCUCAAGAAGAAGUUGUUAGAUCUUCGGCGCAACCAGGAGAAAGUGGCCGCGCGGUUGGAGGAGGCGAAAACAAAGAAGGGAGAGCUUGCGGUCGAAUUGGAAGAAAAGACGGCCACAAAACUAGCGUUUAAGCAAGACAGUGCCAAACUACGCCCAUACACACUACAGAGCCCCUCGGGCCUGCAAUCUAGCCUCACGGAACUCAGCAAUACGCUCACAAACGACAAGUCUCACAUCGACUCCCUUGAUCGCCGCGCUCGUGCGCUACAAACAUCCACCGACUCCUUCGCAGUUGUAUGCACCGACGUGGCGUCGUGUAUCAAGCUUCUAGAGGAGAUCGCUGUGGAGCUAUCCAAGGAGGAGGAAGACAACGCCAAGAACGCAAAACAACGAGAUGCGCUUACGGAGCGUGGUGCUAACGUUCGCGAGGUCGAACGAACCGAGGCACUGCUACAGCGACAAUUGUCUAAGUGGAUCGAGCGGACGGAGACGCUGCGGGCCCAGAGCCAGGACAAGGCACAGCGGGCCAAAGAAAAGAUGGAGGAGCUACGGGAUAUCCACAAGACGCUCAAUGAAGAACGGUCUGAGAAGGGCAAGGAUAUUGAGCGGAGGAGGGUGCGGAUCGAGCAGAUUGAGAAGAAGAUGCUCGAUCUUAAAGAAAACAUCGAAAACGAAGUUCACGCCGCGCACGACGAAUACCUCAAGAUGGAGGCUCAUAUCAAGCUAUAUAUCACCGAGAUGGAGCAAGCUGUUUGA